CAUCGAAUCAAUCGUGCAAAUAUGGCGUUACGAUUUUACAAAAUGCAGUGGGUGAUUAUUUUGUUAGACUGUCAUUUCUAAAUUUUUAUGAAAGACAUGUUCAUUGAUUAAAACUUUCGAAUAAAGUCAUAAUACAAAGUUAAGUUAUUGAGUGAAAUGUGAAUUUAUCGCAAUGUUGUUAUUUUCUAGGGGCCACGAGAUACCUAACUAGGAAGAGCACGAUUUUGAGAGUCAAAUCUACGUUCCAUAUUAAACAUAAAUUAAAAUGGGUAAACAAAAUAGCAAACUCAAACCUGAGGUUUUAGAAGAUCUGAAGCAAAAUACAGAAUUUUCAGAUGCAGAAAUACAGGAAUGGUACAAAGGCUUCUUGAAAGAUUGCCCCAGUGGACAUUUGUCCGUAGAAGAGUUUAAGAAAAUAUACGGGAAUUUCUUCCCAUAUGGUGAUGCUAGUAAGUUUGCAGAACAUGUGUUCCGAACGUUCGACGCGAACGGCGAUGGCACGAUAGAUUUCCGGGAGUUCUUAUGCGCACUCAGCGUCACUUCACGAGGCAAGCUCGAGCAAAAACUAAAAUGGGCCUUUUCCAUGUACGACCUGGACGGUAACGGAUACAUAUCGCGCCAGGAGAUGCUCGAGAUUGUAACUGCUAUUUACAAGAUGGUUGGCUCUGUGAUGAAGAUGCCAGAAGAUGAAUCUACGCCGGAGAAGAGGACGGACAAAAUAUUCCGUCAAAUGGAUCGAAAUAAAGACGGGAAACUGUCGCUGGAAGAGUUUAUAGAAGGCGCUAAGAGUGACCCCUCGAUCGUGCGCCUGCUGCAGUGCGACCCGCAGUCGCAGUGAGCCGCCCUCGAACCCCAUCAACAGACACGCUUUCGGCUCGUGCGCAUCUAUCCCAACUGUUACGAAUACCUAUACUAAAAUAACCCCAGUUAAAUUUGCUUGUAAGAGCUAGUGCGCGACGCAAAUCAUUAAGGCACAUACUUGGAUUUAUGUUCUAUUGAUUGCUCUUAUUUCACUAGGCAUCCAAUAACAUUUCUGAGUAAUUAACAUUAUUUAUUCUUCGCUAUGUAUUUAUACGUUUGUAUUUUAAAUAAAGACAUUAUAUUAAGGUACUGAAAGUGGAUCGAACAUCACCAGAAAAAAUAAUGAAUGCGGAUUAUAUUCGAAUACACUACUUAUAAUAGGGCUUAAAUCUCAACCAUAUUUUAUAUCUAGUCGCUGGUAUUACGACUAUCUCACCAUUCAAUCGAAUGCAAAACUCCUUAAACGUUCAUUGACAGUCAUCAUGAAGAUUAUCGGUCAAUUUGUUACUGGGAAUACCUACUAUCAGUAAACGGUGUCAGUUAGGAAAUAAGAAACUAUAACACUAAAAUACUAGAUUAAGUUUCUGCUUUGAUCGGUGUAUUAUGUGGUCGUAUCGUACUAAACUAUGUACGAGGGUACCUACUCUGCUUGAUGCAUGUAUGGGUUUGAGUACAAUUGGCGUCCUUUCCUUGUGUUCGCAGCUUUGAAGUCUUGCAUAUGUCUUACAAGACUGGCUCGAGUAAACGACGUUAUCCUUACACGUUAAAUAAGAAAUAAGACAUAAUCUUGAGACAAGCGCUGGCAUUAAAAUAAUGCUAAUAUACUUUGAAAUAAGCUGCAGAAUAAUUACGGCGCCGUCUAGUCCGUUCUAAUUACUCAAACUCCAAGUAUAGAUAAAGUGAGAAUAGUUACAUUUUAAAGUUUCGUGGCUUUGACAUAAUAGUAGGAUUGUGUUAAAGUUUUUUUCCUUUAAUCAAAGAGUUAUUGACUGUAAUAGAGAUUAGCUAAAGUAUAAGAAAAAAACGUGCCCCCAAGUCUGACAUCCGAAAGAGAUGGCGCUGCACAGUGCCAUAUGUUUUGUGGUCACUUUGAGUAUUGAGUAUUAGACUUUCUACCUCUAACACGGUCAAUGAAUCUUUGCUUACAUAUUACUUAUAUUUGAUGCAAUGUACUAUGAUACUUCGAUCGUGGUUUGCCUAAAAAUCACCCCUACUUACCAUUUUUUGCAUAAACCGUAAAAUCCAAUCCCGAAAAACUAUAAUUUAUGUAUACGUUGUAUUUAUUAUCGUUAUAUAAUCCUAGCAAAGACGGGAUAUGGACUGGAACUGACCAACCUAACUACCUGGGCAAUACAAUACUUACUAUCUUCUGUUUAUUUUCUGAAAUAGGUAUCUAGUGGUGCUACGAGAUUGUUCUCGAGUUUCUGACGUUAAGUUAACUACGAUCAAAUUUAACAUUACUUGCUAAGCUAAUUUUGGAAAGACUGUGGGUUUAUUGCACAAUAUGAAGACAAUUUACGCAUCAAACGAUACUGACAAAUAUACCUAAUAUAAUUAUUAUUUAAUUCGUAGUUAUUUACAACAUAUUUAUGCUGAUCUAUUUGUGUAGCUAUGAUUAAGAUUUUAGUUGUAUUGAUUGAGAAUUCGAAAAAAAUGUGUAGCUUUGAGUCAGCCUAAGUAUUACUAUUCUAUUAUUUUACUACGAAAUGAUCUGUAGACGCGUUUCACAUAGUGUUUUAUAUUAUUUUUAAUGAACUGUUAUGGCGAAAAGUCGCCUUUAAAAUAAUGAAAUAAAUUUAGAUGUUUAUGAACAAAGUUAUGUCAUCCAGAUAUAACUCGCUUGAUAACGAUUUAUGGUAUUACCAGAAUUAUUGUCACUGAGACGGCGGGGACCGUGGAAAAUUGAAUACGAAUAGGAUUUGUUUGGUCUGCGGACAUGCGCUGCCACUACUAAUCUCCAUAUCCAUUCGGCUUGCUGAGCUUUGACUGACCUAAUUCCAUUAGUCAGGUAGGCGUUGUUUAUAUCUGGUGAAUCUGUAGCUAAAUGUGUAUUUAUAAUUCGUUUAUAUUAAUAUGCUAAGAUUUCUCCUUAUGAUUAUAUUGUACACAAUGAAUGACAUUUAUUAAUGUGGAGUUAGGUAAAUAAAUUCCUUAUAAAUAUGAAACAUUUAUAUCAUAGUUUCUCGUUCCUCUGCGUGACUUUAUUUCCAUUCGUUUAUUGUGUGCUUACGUGUUAUUAUAAAAUGUGUUGUCCGUUAGAGAUUCAUUCGCGCUGUUAUUACAUUUACCUUUCUAAAUACCUAUAAAUUCCGAUCAGGGUUAGCGGCUAUUUGUGAUAUAGUUUUGUUUUACUUUGGAUUUAAUUGUAGACAAAAGCGCAAGCGAGCCAGUGACGCCACGUUUGGACUGCUCACCUCGUUUAAAUAAGGUGCUAAGGCUCCUUUUACAGGAAAAGGGGAUUUAAAGUACGCCUAUUGCUCUGCUGCACGUGUGUUUCCUUGUUUUUAUUUAUAUUAGCUACUUGUAGUCGUCUCUGAAUCUCUGUUGUGACCACAUACUUACACUUUCGAUACAUUUAAAAAACUUAUACCAUUAAAGUAUGUACACAGUCUUAA